ACUUUUCUUUAUCUCAAGGUUGAAUACAUACAACUGUCAACUACUACCGUCUAGUGUCUACCAAUAACUACCUAUUAGCUAUUAGUGUCGGGUAUACUUGUACUUUGCAAUUGCUGUUACUUGAACUUACUGUUACUGGUACUGGAAUGCAGUAAUACAUUACAUUUGGAUGGAUGGAAGCUGAAUGACUUUUUAUUUAGUUGGACACACGACAAACAUUCAAUCUCCGAACUCUGAUUUCAUACGAAAUACAAAUUUUUGUAUUUCUGAAUUCGGAGUUCAUCUGGCAAGCAUAAGAGUUACAUUAACUUAUAGUGACUUAAUUCAAUCAUUAUUAUUAUUAUUAUUAAUAUUAUUAUUUAACCAAUACAUAACCGUGUAAUUCUUUGGUUAUGUCGUGUCCAAUUACAUAUCCUCGUCAAGUAUUGCAACGAGUCAGUGACCGUAAAAAAAGGAGACUAGCUAUUGACGAUUCAGAUGAAAUAUCAUUAAACCGUAAUUUAGAUUUAUUCAUAGAUUCUGAGUUAGAAGUGAUCGAAGAUUCCCAAACUUCAUUGAAGGGACAUAGAGACUUGUUUGGUGAACUUAUACCGCAAGAUAACUUUGUCAGUAACAUAAAUGAUGCUAAAAACAAAUCAACUAAAAAGACCCUGGUAUCAAAGAAAAAUAAACAACAAAAUGAAGAAAUUGUUGUAGACAGUCCAAUAAUAAGACCAAAAAGGGUGUUUAUUCCUACGCCAAAGUUCAUGAAAUUAAUGAAAGAAGCGCAAACAGAAUUGUACUCCUUAAUGGGUGUCAACAAGAGUUCAAGUGAUAUUUCAGUUGUAACAAAUGAUAGUCUUAAUGUCAGUGGAAUACAAAAUUUAGAAGUCAGUCCUAUUACAAGUACAAGAAACGAGUCUAAAACAAAUUUGAAAGAUAAUGAUGCUGAUAAAGCAUCUCGACGAAUUCUUGAAGGUGUUGUUGCAUUUGUUGAUUACAAAAUUGACAAUGAUCGCAGUCCUUCGAGCAUUAUUCAUCGCCUCAUUGAGUUGGGUGCCAAAGUUGAAAAAACAUUCAAUAAAAAAGUUACCCAUGUGAUAUUUUGUGAUGGUUAUCGUAGUACAUACAAUAAAGCAAUGAAACUUAACAUCCCUCUAGUAUCAGCAAGGUGGAUAGAAUACAGUAAAUUAGCUAAUAAGAUGUUAGAACCAGCUGAUUAUCCACCUGUUGAUAUGGAAAAAUACUCAAAAAUAACAUCAGUAAAAAAUAUUAAUAUUCCAAUAAGCCAGACAUAUAAAAAAUUUUUAAGACCAAGUAAUAUUGAACGUGACCUGAUGAUUAAAUUCAAAUGUGAUCAAAUUAUGGAAAGAUUUAACAACUUAAAUAUGAGGCAGAAUAAUGAAAAUGAAGACUGUCUGAUCAUUGAGACUCCCAAAAAAACAAUUUUAAACAAACCGGACGAUCCUUGCAAAACAAAUGAUAUUGUCAAUAUGUUAUCUGAUCAAUUAUGUAAAGUGUUAAACAAAAUUGACAGUCCAGUACCAGAUGAUCAAAUUGAUGACCUAUAUAUACCAAUGUCACUUAAAGUAUUAAGAAAAUAUCUCACACCUAAUGGAAAAGAGAAUACAACUUCUACAGAACUAGAUAGUGAACUAGUUAAAAUUGAAGAUCGGCUAAAUUUAAAUUCUCAAGCUAGGCAACGAUUUCGUAAGCUAUUAUUUCCCUCCGAUAAGAAUUUGAAUAACAUGAGUGAAGUUAGUGAUUUUCCAUCACCGUCACCUGAAAAAUUGAGAAUUAGUGCUCCUUCAAGAUUAAUUAGUACAAAGAAACAGAAAGCAAUAAUUGAUAAUAAAAUAUUACAUAAUACCAAAAACUUAAACAGUAAUAAAAUAACACCAUCACAAAAAAAUAUUAAAAUCAAUCCCUGUAAGUGGGAAAUACCAUCAGAUCUACGUCCUAAAAAAACUAAAAAAAUUACUGCUCAAAAAGUAAAAAGUGUGAAAAUAACUCAAACCAAAGACCCUUCUAGUUUAAUUUCCAGAAAGUCAUCUACAAUUUUCCAGACACCAAAAGCAUCUUUAGCUAGCCCCGUAAUAUUGCAAUCAAUUGCAUGUAGUGGGAUGACGAAAAGUGAAACAAACAUAUUAAAGUCAUGUAUACAAGACUUAGGAACAUUUAUUUUUCAUCCCAAGGUGGAACCUUCGACCACUUAUUUAAUUACCAAAUCUCAACCAAAUCGAACAUUAAAUGUUGUAUUUGCAAUGGCUUAUGGAUGUUUCAUUGUUUCUGAAGAUUGGGUACAUGAAUCACACAAAAUCGGUAGAUGGCUAUCUCAUCAUCAAUAUUUGAUCUCAGAUAUGUCUGAACGAGUCAAAGAAUUUCAAAUACGUCGUCAUACAUUUGGGUCAUUGAUGACAUUUCAUAUAUUCGAUAAUGUUGGCAAGAUAUACAUAUCAAAUACCUGUGAUCCCCCUGCUAAGCUUUUAAGACGACUGGUGCGUGCAUGUGGUGGCCAAUGUACAAGCACUGAGACUAAGGCUAAUGUAGUGGUUGGUUACACACCACAAAUGAAAGAUAAUAUUCAUGCAAAAUGGAUUUUGGAUUCAAUAACCCAAGGGAUAUUGCUAAAUAAAAAUCAAUAUAUGAUAGUUAAUACUAAUGACAUUAUGACCUGAAAUAAUUGUCAUAUGUGUUGGCCUUUAUAUUCAUUUUUUACUUUCUUGUUUAUUCUAAAAACUAAUCUUUAUUUCUUUGAUCUUUAUUACAAUUUCCCAUUAAAAUGUUUUAAUAUCUUUUUAUCAUAAAUAAUUCUAAUUAAGUUAACGUAUUGAAGGUUAUCUAUUUUCUAUCUGUUUUCUUUUUCUUUUAAAUAGUAUUAAUUAUUUAAUUCAAUAUUCAAAUCUUUCUUAGAGCAAUUAUUUCUGACUUUCGUAUUAAUAAUUAUUAUAAAAAAAUGUAAGACAUCAAGUUGUUUAUAGCUUUAUGUACUCAAUCCAAAAAGAGAACUCGUCAAUUCUGCACAUAGAAACUAGUUCCCCUAUGACAGGGUGUAGUGCAGAAAUGCUCCAUAGAGUAAUAAUAUCUAUAUACUCAGAAAAUCUGAUUUUGGUAGGCCUACAUUGUGUUCUCUCAGUGGCAAAUUAUAAUUAUGAUAUUUUUAAUUUUAUUGUAUACAUGUACUAGCUAUUUCUUGUAGCUUCACUACGAAAUAUCAGUUUUGUUAUGAGGUAGUAAGGAUGCUAGUUUGAUACGGCCAUGUUCUCUCCUCAACCGUACACACUGCCACUCAGACCUAAGUGGAAGGAUACCGAAAUUAAUAUGAUAGAUCUGGUUUGUUGUAAUCUCCAUUCACAAGAAUCUGGUCUUUAAUGGUGCAAUUUUCUGUUAAAAUAAUAUUUACUUUGGUUGAUGCUUACAUCGUCAAGUUUAAUAUACUGAUUUUGUAGAAAAUAAUUAAAACCAAGUUUUAAGUAAAUUUAACUUUGCAAAUAUUUUUUCAAAUCAACACACUCCAAAUUUCUAUUCAUUGACUUUCAAUCACAUUGGAAUUAUAAUACUUAUAAUUAAAUAUAUAUUCCAAACAUCCAAUCCUAGACAAAAAAAAUGUCUGUCAUUUGUGACUCUAUAUUCGAUCAAUUUUACUGUAAUCUAAAAUCUCGAUAGUUGGAUAACCAAAGAGUGAGACAACAAGUCAUGGAAAUAAUGUUGUUUGAAGUA